GUCCGAGGGCAAGAAAGGCGUGUGAAUUGGAAGAUGUCUGGAUAUGAGAAGAUGACAGUAGACGUGCUGCGGCAGGAGCUACGACGUAGAAAUUUGCCAUCAAGUGGUAGAAAGCCGGAAAUUAUAUCAAGAUUACUGCAAUCAGAUGAUUUGGAGCAUGUAGACCAAGUGGUUGAUGAACUACCAAGAGGAGAUAAAGAUGGACAUGAUGCCCAACCAGCAAGAGCAGUAACGCAAAGGCAACCGUCUCCUUUUCGACUUCUCUCUCAGGCUCGCGUGGCCAAGGAACACACUCGAAUGAAAGAAAUGAGAAAUCACAUUGUUUUAUGGAGGAAACCUCUUGUUACUUUAUACAACUUUAGCUUAGAAAUGGGAGUUCAAUUACAUAUUUCAUAUCACAAGUUAGUUGAUAAUCGCAAGACUGUUGCAGUCUCGUGUUUAGCUCUGUGGUGGCUCUUCUUGAUCUGGUACAUGGAAGGACCUCAUCAACCCUGGAUAGAAUCACUAGAAAGGACAACCCUGUGGAGUUGCUAUUGGAUUGGCCUGGGUAUUCUCUCGUCAGUGGGUUUAGGAACGGGACUUCACACGUUCUUGUUAUACUUGGGUCCUCACAUAGCUGCUGUUACUCUGGCUGCCUGGGAAUGUAUGUCAGUUGACUUUCCUUCACCUCCAUAUCCUGAGGAGAUUCUCUGCCCGUCUGAUAGCAGCAGUCAAGAGAGCUUGAGCAUUCUUACCAUCAUGAGUAAAGUUAGGCUCGAAGCGUUUAUGUGGGGGGCUGGCACGGCGAUUGGAGAAUUACCGCCUUAUUUUAUGGCCAAAGCUGCUCGUUUAUCUGGUUCCAGUAUUGAGGAGGAGGAAGUCGAGGAAGAGUUGGAAGCAUUAGAGAGUGCUGAAGAUUCCGGUGUUAUAACGAGAAUGAAGAGGGCAAUACAUCAUUUGGUGCAGCGAGUCGGCUUUUUCGGCAUCUUGCUGUGUGCAUCUAUUCCCAACCCUUUGUUCGAUCUGGCAGGCAUGACAUGUGGUCAUUUUCUUGUCCCGUUUUGGACAUUUUUUGGAGCUACUCUAAUAGGCAAAGCAAUCAUCAAGAUGCACAUUCAGAAAAUGUUUGUCAUUGUUCUUUUCACAAAGAAGUAUGUUGAGGGACUAGUAGAUAUUAUGGGGCUUGUUCCGGUGGUUGGUCCUGGUUUGCAAGCACCAUUCAAGGAAUACCUUCAGAAGCAGAGGAAAAAAUUGCAUCAGAAACCAGGAGCAGCUAAAUCAUCUAGUCCAAGUUGGUUGAGUCGAUUCUAUCAAGGUCUCGUUAUCUUCAUGGUCGGCUACUUUAUUUUGUCUAUUAUUAACUCGACAGCCCAGCAGUACGCCAAACGUCAAGACGAUGCGUGGUUACAGAGUCAGAUGGCAAAGGAAGAUGAUCGCGAGGAAACGUGACGACCAGUUGAAUGUAUGUAGGCUGGAUUUGUAGAAAUGUUGUGGACAAUGACAUACAAAGUGAGUAUUGUAUUAUACACGAUGUAGUUUGUGUAUACAAUAUGCACUCUGGUGUCUCCAAUUGUUGCUAUGUGUACGUGCUCCCCAUUUCUUGUACAAGGCAUUAGAUCUUCCAUAAGUUUUGGAAGUAUCUAAUUCACUUGUUCAAGCAAGCUUUUUGAUAUGACUUUAGUUGGAGGCUUAUGUGGUGAAGUGAAAUAGAAUUGUUUAUAGACAGAGGUAGGUCAUAGCUAUAUUUUCAAAAAGUGACCACAACUAAGGUGG